CAAAAUGUUAUAGUAGUAAAUGAGAUAGUUCUUCUUUUCUACUGUAAUGCUUGUUUUUUUAGACAUGUCUUUAGAUGCAUUAUCAAACUUUUCUGAGUUUGUGUCUCUAUCUAUUUAUCGUUUUAUUUGUGUUGUGAAGUUUUAAAUUUGGCUAUUCGGGUUUGUCCGAAAAAGCUUAUUUGCUUUGUCGUGUCUUAAAUAUUAAUGAAAGUAACUGGUUGCACAAAAAAAGUUAUAAUAGUAAACACAUGUGCCACUUGCAAUAGCAUUUGACAGUUAUUACUUGCAAGACUCAUUUAUACAAAAGAAAAAAAUGUUCUUAGUCUAACUUUUGUGUUUUCUUUACGUGAUCUUCUUUGUUGCAAAGAAAUAGGAAGUAACCUUCCAACUUGUAAUUACAAAAUUAGUUUGAUAUUAAUUUUCUUGGUGUAAUGCAACUUGUAUAGUUGUAAGAUAGAGAAUACAAAAACUAAGUGUAGUAAUCGUAUUCAAAGAGGAAACAACUAGAAAAUGAACAUGCUUACAUGUAACAGACAGAACCAUGUUGUCUGUAGAUUCUUAGUAUUAGGACAUUGUUGAUGCAUGGAUUGGGUAUAAAACUGAUUGAAGCUUUUUCUUUCCAUGGCUAUAUCUUACAUAACGAAAUUUGGAAGUAAUGUCAAUUGCUAUGUGUUUUAGUCAAAAAGAAUGUCAAUUGAUGUGUGAUGAUAAAUUCUAAUGGCUCUUUUAGUUCGUGUGUUGCCAUGAAAAACCUCUUUCGGAGACAGCAAAACUAUAUUGUUUUCGAGGCGACGUUUUUAUAUAAAAAUGAGAAAGCGACGAGACCUGAGCACGAAUGAGAGAGAAACAGACAAUGAGAGACAACUAGCUCCGUUUUGUUUUCUAGAUAAAAUAAACAACGAGACUUAGUAUACACUUCAUUUCCAAGCUCAAAAGCUCAUCGUGACUUCCAUUUUAUAGUUUCUUAAAUCAUUUCUUCUAAAGUCAGCCGAUUCGUGUCUUCCUCUAAAUCUCAGGUUCAACUAGUAACUAUCAACCCGCCCUACGGUUUAAUUUUUUUUGGGUACUAUCACAACCCUUCCAAACAAAGAAGUACACUUUGUAAAAUAUAUUUGAUAAUUGUUCAAUCUAAUUAAGCAAAAAAAAAUAUUUGAUAACUUUCUUAGAUACCGUAAAAUUUUAUAAAAAUUAAUACAAAAAGAAAAAUUUCUGAAAUAAAAUUACUUAAAAUUAAGAUAAUUUAACUACUCUUAAUUUUAAAUUAUUAUUCUAAGCUAAUCUCUUACAUACUAAAUUAUACACUAAACUCAAAUUCAAAAAAAAAAUGUUUUAGUCCUAUAUGAGAUUAUUUUUCUUUAUUAGUUUUACGAUAAAAUAAUAAUAUAGGUUCACAGCAUUAUUUUACAAAGAGUUACGAUGCACAAAUUUAAUUGCAAAGUCUACCUUUAAAAAAAAUUCAAAUGAUAAUUCCUUUUUUUGAAACGAAUAAUGUAAAUUAAAAAUAUAAGAUUGAUUUUGUUUAUUUAUUUGUACUUUUUAACCUUGACUAUGUCCGUAGUUCGAUUUCCUCGGAAAGACUAGUUUCGUUGCCGGUUUGAGGAGGAAGUUGAUUCUCUCGUUCGCGCGCGCGCUCUCUUCUCCCUCCUCGUCCUCUCUCUCUCUCUAGCCGGUCUCUCACGGCGCUUCUUCACUGCUCCGGCGAAGAUAUAAACUUGAAUUGGGAGAGUUAAAGAGCGGAAUUUGAUGGUUAGAAAGGCGGAGACUUCACCUAGUGUUGUUUGCUUAGGAUGAACGGUGCUCCCUUUUGCGAUCCUAGAGGGUUUCUUAAUCUCAUGGAAUGGCUGAUCUCGUGAGCUACGGUAGCAUCGAGCGAGACAUCGAACAGGCUCUAAUUGCUUUGAAGAAAGGAGCUCAACUCUUGAAGUAUGGUCGGAAAGGAAAGCCUAAGUUCUGUCCCUUUAGACUCUCCAAUGAUGAGACCUCUUUGAUAUGGAUCUCAAAUGGUGGAGAAAAACGUUUGAAGUUAGCUACUGUAUCUAAGAUUGUUCCAGGCCAAAGAACUGCUGUUUUCCAACGUUACCUUCGCCCUGACAAGGACUACUUAUCUUUCUCUCUCAUAUACUCCAACAGGAAGCGGACUCUUGACGUGAUUUGCAAGGACAAAGUUGAGGCAGAGGUGUGGAUAGCUGGCCUCAAAGCUCUAAUAUCUGGUCAGGGCGGCCGCGCCAAGAUCGACGGCUGGAGUGACGGCCUCUCUAUUGCUGAUAGUAGAGACUUGACAUUAGGCAGUCCUACAAACAGCUCGGUUUGUGCCUCUCGAGAUUUCAACAGCGUUGACGUUCCUUACGCUUCAACCGCUUUCUCAAAGUCUAUCCGAACUGAGAACUCCGUCAGCUCCGAAAGGUCACAUGUGCCCUCAGGCAGCCCAAACAUGUCAGUACGAGGACCUUCAACAGACGUGUUCCGCGUCAGUGUCUCCAGUGCUCAAAGCACCACUUCAAGCCACGGCUCUGGUCCAGACGAUCGUGACGCUCUAGGUGAUGUUUAUCUAUGGGGUGAAGUUCCAUCUGAUAAGAACGCUACUUCAAAGUCUAACGUCCUGGUUCCAAAGCCGUUGGAGUCCAACGUGGUUUUGGAUGUACAUCAAGUAGCGUGCGGGGUGAAGCACGCUGCUCUAGUGUCUAGGCAAGGCGAGGUGUUCACAUGGGGAGAAGAAUCAGGAGGACGUCUCGGCCAUGGGAUGGGAAAAGACGUUACUGGUGGACCCCCACAGCUUAUUGAGUCUCUAGCUGGUUCUAGCGUUGACUUUGUCGCAUGCGGUGAGUUCCACACGUGCGCUGUUACAAUGAACGGAGAGAUCUACACAUGGGGUGACGGAACACACAACGCAGGGCUUUUGGGACAUGGCACCGAUGUGAGUCACUGGAUACCUAAGAGAAUCUCAGGUCCUCUCGAAGGUCUUCGAAUCGCUUCGGUGUCAUGCGGACCGUGGCACACCGCUUUGGUAACAUCAACAGGACAGCUUUUCACUUUUGGAGAUGGGACGUUUGGUGUUUUAGGACAUGGUGAUAAGGAGACUGUGUUUUACCCGAGGGAAGUCAAGUCUUUAUCCGGUUUGAAGACUAUUGCCGUUGCGUGCGGUGUGUGGCACGCUGCUGCGGUGGUGGAAGUCAGUUCGAGUGUGUCGUCAGGGAAGCUCUUCACAUGGGGUGAUGGUGACAAGGGCCGUCUCGGUCACGGAGACAACGAGACUCGUCUUAAACCCACUUGUGUAUCAUCUCUAAUCGACAAUGAUUUCUACAAAGUUGCGUGUGGACAUAGCUUAACAGUCGGAUUAACAACAUCUGGUAAAGUUUACACUAUGGGUAGUAGUGUCUACGGUCAGCUAGGGAACCCCACUGCUGACGGGAAGCUUCCUUGCUUAGCAAGUAACGACUCUGUUGAAGAAGUAGCGUGCGGAGCUUAUCAUGUAGCGGUGUUAACAUCUCGCAACGAAGUUUUUACUUGGGGGAAAGGUGCUAAUGGGAGACUAGGUCAUGGAGACGUGGAGGAUCGUAACGCGCCGACUCUAGUUGAGGCUUUGAAAGAGAGACAUGUUAAAUACAUUGCGUGCGGCGCAAACUUCACGGCGGCGAUAUGUCUUCACAAGUGGGCUUCCGGCGCUGAGCAGACUCAGUGCUCAGCUUGUAAGCAGGCUUUCGGAUUCACUAAGAAGAGUCACAACUGUUACAACUGUGGUCUCGUCCACUGCCACUCGUGCAGCUCCAAGAAGUCGCUGAAGGCUUCCCUGGCGCCUAAUCCAGGGAAGCCUUACCGCGUCUGCGAUUCUUGUUACUCCAAGCUGAGUAAAGCCUCGGAAGGUAGCGUGAUGCCGCGGCUUUCCGGGGAGAACAAAGACAGGUUGGAUAAAGCCGAGCUGAGGCUGGCGAAAUCUGGAAUACCGUCGAAGAUAGAUUUGAUCAAGCAGCUGGAUAGCAGGGCGGCUAGGCAAGGGAGGAAAGGGGAGACGUUCUCUCUUGUCAGAACUUCUCAGACGCCUUUGUUACAGCUUAGGGAUGCUUUUAGUAAUGUGGCUGAGUUAAGGCGUGGGCCACCGAAACCGGUUGUGACUCCGUCUGGAGGGAACUCUAGAUCUGUGUCGCCUUUCUCGAGGAGGUCUAGUCCUACUCGUUCGGUUACUCCCAUUCCUUCGAUGGUUGGUAUUGGCUUUUCAACUAGUGUAACUGAGAGUUUGAAGAAGACUAAUGAGCUUUUGAAUCAGGAAGUGGUCAGAUUGCGUGCUCAGGCCGAGAGCUUGAGGCAGAGAUGUGAGGUCCAAGAACUUGAAGUUCAGAAGUCUAUGAAGAAAGCACAAGAAGCAAUGAAACUGGCAUCAGAGGAAACUGCCAAAUCAGAAGCUGCAAAAGAAGUUAUAAAAUCGCUUACAACACAGCUGAAGGAUAUAGUGAAGCUACUACCACCUGGCGCUCACGAAGCUGAGAUCACAAGAACAACUCAUUUGCUGAACGGGUUUGAGCAAAACGGGAUUCAUUUUGCUAAUGCAAAGGGACAGCGUUCAUCACGUUCUGAUUCAGUGAGUGACACCCCUCUUACAUCUCCUUUGACCCCUCCCUCACGCUCAAUGAAUGGACUCUGGAGAAGCUCCCAGUCGCCAAGAAACACAGACGAGCUUCAAAGCGACGGUGUUAGAAUCAGUAAUGGUUUCUCAGAAGAUGGCGACACUCGCAGAAACUCGAGAAGCUCAGUAGCAACAUCAAAUGCUUCUCAAGUGGAGGCUGAGUGGAUCGAACAGUAUGAGCCUGGUGUUUAUAUCACACUACUGGCUUUAGGAGAUGGAACUAGAGAUCUCAAACGUGUGCGCUUUAGCCGGAGAAGAUUCAAGGAGCAACAAGCAGAGGCAUGGUGGACAGAGAACCGAGAAAGAGUAUACGAAAAGUAUAACAUUCGUGGUACGGAUAGACCAAGUGUGCAAUCACAGCUCCCGACAUGAUCAAACUAAACAACGAAAGCAACAGGCAUAGGAAGCAGUUUUUUGCACUGUAUAUUAUAGAGAAUAUCUAUUGUUUUGUUUACAAAGAGUGUGUCGUGAGUUUGAUAAUUUAUUGAUAAUCAACUCCAAUCUGAUGUAUGUGCUAACUUCAUGAUGUUUAGGUUUUUCUUGACUACACUGCA